GCACCAACAGAAGAAGAAGAAGAAGAAGAAGAAGAAGAAGAAGAAGAAGAACUGUUGUAUUGUCUCCCUCACAAAAAAACAGAGAAAGAUUUGGGCCUCGAUUCAACUAAUUCCGCAUCAUCCGCCAUUACCAUAUAACCCACACAAUUCCCCAAUUUCACUUUUCAUCUCUACCAUCGUGGAGACUGGAAUUACAACUGUGAGACGAGUUUGAUGAAAGUCAACCCUGUGUAUUGUAAUGGUGAAUUAAAUAUUUUAAUUCAGAAUUUGGUAUAUUUUGUAGUUGUUAAUAUAGAUGGAUUUGAGCUUGAUGUGUAAAUAUGUACUCCAAUUGUGACUACCAAACAAGUAAGCAUUUUUGGUGGUCUAGUUUGUUACAGAGCAUUGCCAGAUGUCGUUACCCGAUUUGGUUUAGCACAUGGUUGUAGUAAUUGGCCUCAACUUAUUUUGUGGCUACAAUUAAUUGGCUUCUUUAAAAUCAAUGCUAUGUUAAUUGAGAACGUCGUUUGAGUGUAAGUGACUGUUGCUCGGUUAAGGCUCGGGCUUGGGAGAAGCACAAACAAACAUAUACCAGAUUACCAGGUAGUUUUUGAAGGGUAAUAUUUCAGAAGUUAUAUGAACAUUAUUGUUCAGCUCAGUAUGCUGUUUGUUACGAUACUAUCUUUAUUUCUUGCUACUUCCAUAUGGUACAAACAAGUUAAAGAUUGAUGCUUUCUCGGAUAUUAAUUCCUUUGCUGAUUGCUUUUUCUUUUUUCGAAAACCGCUAUCAGCAGAAGUAACCUCCAAUCUUCAGUCAAUUCCUAUGCCUCAUGAGUUUAAUGCCACUAUGGUGUGUUCUGAACAUAUAAACCCGUCGAUACUUUAAGAUCGUUACAUCCUCAAGAGCUGCAGGUGCAUCAAGUGGGAGAUUUAAACGAGUUAACUCGGCAUAAAGAUGGACGAUUGCCAGGCCCUAAACUCCGACACAAACAGUGAACUAAAACACUACGCGUUGACUCCUUUACGGCUUUUAAGGGGUCUGGCAUGCUUAGUGGUUUACCUUUCAACCGCCUUCAUGUUUUUGGUUUAUUUCAGUCCGGUGGCUGCAGUUUUUCUUCGGCUUUUUAGCGUACAUUAUAGCAGAAAAGCUUGUUCUUUUCUUUUUGGUCUAUGGUUAGCUUUAUGGCCGUUUUUGUUCGAAAAGAUUAACAAAACUAAAGUGGUCUUUUCUGGAGAAACUGUACCCGAAAAGGAACGUGUUUUGCUUAUUGCUAAUCACCGAACAGAAGUUGAUUGGAUGUAUCUUUGGGAUCUUGCACUGAGAAAAGGUUGUUUAGGGUGCAUCAAAUAUGUCCUCAAAAGUAGCUUGAUGAAAUUACCGAUAUUCGGUUGGGGAUUUCAUAUUUUUGAGUUCAUUUCGGUGGAAAGAAAAUGGGAAGUUGAUGAACCUAUCAUGCGUAAAAUGCUCUCGACUUUUACCAAUCCAUUGGACCCGUUAUGGCUUGCUGUUUUUCCUGAAGGAACUGAUUUUACAGAACAAAAGUGCAUAAAAAGCCAGAAAUAUGCUGCUGAAAAUGGAUUACCGAUACUCAAGAAUGUGCUGCUACCAAAAACAAGAGGCUUUCAUGCUUGUGUUGAAAUCCUAAGGGGUUCUCUCGAUGCAGUGUAUGAUGUGACGAUUGCAUACAAGAACCGAUGCCCGACAUUUAUGGACAAUGUUUUUGGCGUCGAACCUUCAGAAGUUCAUGUUCAUGUCAGACGAAUAUCUCUAGAAGAAAUCCCGGUUUCAGAAGACGAGUGCAACACGUGGUUGCUAAACACAUUUCAUCAAAAAGAUCAACUGCUUUCAGAUUUCAUAGCUCAAGGUUAUUUUCCUAAUGAAGGAACAGAAGGCGAUCUUUCAACGUUCAAAUGCUUGGUAAAUUGCACAAUAGUACUAGUCAUUACUUCUGUAUUUGCAUAUCUUGCGGUUUUCUCAUCGGUUUGGUUCAAAGUAUACGUUGCACUGUCGUGUGCAUAUCUUGCUUGUGCUACGGCUUAUAAUUUCUGGCCAUCCCCGAUUCUUGACUAUGUCAAGGGAUUGCUAUCUGGAAAGAAAUCUAGUUAGGAAAUAGGGAAGCAGGUUGAGUUUUAUCUGCUUUUUGAAGAUAAUUUUUGUUUGUUAAAGAAUAAGUUCUUGUAUAAGUGAUAAAUGUACAUUUUGUUUUAUUUUAUUUUUUUUAAUUGUAAACUGGGAUGGUUGGAGAUAAAGUUACUAUUCAAUAAUUUCCUUUGUUUAUUUAUACAUCAA